AUGCUGCAGAGCAAGUCCUUCGUCAAGAAGACGAAGCAGGGCCGCGUCGUCAAGGUGGUCCGGGAGCACUACCUCCGCGACGACAUCCCCUGCGGCGCUUUCUCCUGCCCCUCCUGCGACGCGGCCGCCCGCCGCCUCAACGCCGACGCCGCCGCCAUCCUCGUCGUCGACACCAACGUCGUGCUCCACCAGAUCGAUUUGUUGGAGAAUCCGGCGAUUGAGGAUGUCGUGGUGCUGUCGGUGGUGCUGGACGAAGUGAAGAAUAAGAACCUCUCCGUGUACAACAGGCUCAAGACCCUGUGCACCAACACCGCUCGGAGGUUCUUCGUGUUCACCAAUGAGCACCACAGGGAUACUUAUGUCAAGGAGAUGGUUGGAGAGAGCCCAAAUGAUCGUAAUGAUAGAGCAAUCCGUGUUGCUGCUCGUUGGUACCAGAGUCACCUCGGUGACAGUGCCAAAGUGUUGCUGGUAACAAAUGAUAGAGAUAACAAAAGGAAAGCUACUGAAGAAGGCCUAAAUGCAGAGACAGUUGAGUCAUAUGUACGAUCGCUUGCGCAGCCUGGUUUGCUCGAUUUGGUGGUUGUCCCAAGUAGCGGAGAUGUUGCCAUGGAAGAUGUAGAAGAUCUUAGACCAUCCAAAAGGAAAAUAGUUUACAAUGAGCAUAAACCUAUGUCGGAAAUUACAUCUGGUCUGCGCUGUGGAAUUUAUCAUCAAGGGAAGCUUCGAGUUAAUCGCUACAAUCCAUUUGAAGCAUAUGUCGGAAGUGAGAGCAUUGGGGAUGAGAUUAUUAUCCGUGGGAGUUCAAAUAUGAACAGGUCCUUUGACGGAGAUAUAGCUGCUGUAGAACUCUUGCCACAGGACCAGUGGCAUGAUUCGAAGUCAUUUAUUGCUGAUGAUGAUGAAGAUGAUAAUGAAGAUGAUGUCCGGUUGGUUCCAAAUAGUGCUGAUGAUGCUCCACGAAACACAAAUUCCACGCAAUCAACAGUUGGAUCAUCAGCUGCUUCAGUCCCCAGUCGUCCAGUUGGACGUGUUGUUGGUAUCAUCAAGCGGAAUUGGAAUUCGUAUUGUGGAUCAUUGGAGCCAAUGCCAAUGCCUGCUGGUAGCGGGGGCGUUGCUCAUGCUCUAUUUGUGUCGAAAGAUCGAAGAAUUCCUAAGAUUCGGAUUCAAACUAGACAACUUGGGAAUCUUUUAAAUAAAAGGAUUAUCGUUGCAGUUGAUUCAUGGGAUGUCAUGUCUCGAUACCCAUCAGGACACUAUGUUGUCCUAAUAGAGAAUGAUAUUAACACAAGACCUUUCUCUACACAAGUCCUUGCUUGUUUGCCGCCUUUGCCUUGGACAUUGUCACCCGAGGAUGUGGCUAAUCCUAAUAGGCAAGACUUGCGGCAUGUGAGAGUCUUUAGUGUGGAUCCACCUGGUUGUAGGGAUAUUGAUGAUGCACUACAUUGCACACCGCUUCCAAAUGGAAAUUUUGAAGUUGGAGUCCAUAUUGCUGAUGUCACUAAUUUUGUCCAUCCUGGUACCCCUCUUGAUGAGGAGGCCUCUCAAAGGGCAACUUCUGUUUAUCUUGUUGGACAACGAAUUGACAUGCUACCGAAGCCUCUAACUGAAGAUGUUUGUUCUCUUCGUGCUGAUGUUGAGAGGCUGGCAUUCUCCGUCAUUUGGGAAAUGACACCUGAUGCUGAUAUCAUAUCUUCAAGAUACACAAAGAGUGUUAUCAAGUCUUGUGCUGCAAUGUCUUAUGUAGAAGCCCAAGCAAGAAUGGAUGACAGCCGUUUGGCCGAUCCACUGACUGUAGACUUGCGGAACUUAAAUUCAUUAGCAAAGAUAAUGAGAAAUCGACGUUGCGAAAGAGGGGCUCUGACUCUUGCUUCCGCAGAAGUCAAAUUCGAAAUUGACAGUGAAACUCAUGAUCCCCUCGACAUAGGAAUAUAUCAAAUUCGCGAGGCAAACCAAAUGAUUGAAGAGUUUAUGUUGGCAGCAAAUGUUUCUGUUGCUGAGAAGAUUUUGCAGCACUACCCCUUGUGUUCAUUGCUACGGCGUCAUCCUAGCCCAACAAAGGAGAUGCUUGAGCCAUUACUCCGUACCGCCUCUUCUGUUGGCCUAAAUCUGGACGUAUCAUCCUCAAAAGCAUUAGCUGAAUCACUUGAUAAUGCGAAGAGAGAUGACCCGUACUUCAACAAGCUUAUCCGGAUUUUGGCAACUAGAUGCAUGACACAAGCAGUUUACUUUUGCAGUGGAGAUUUGAGCUUGUCUGAGUAUUAUCAUUAUGGGCUUGCAUCUGCUCUGUACACUCAUUUCACUUCUCCUAUUCGCAGAUAUGCAGAUGUUGUGGUGCAUAGGUUGCUAGCUGCUGCUCUAGAUAUUGCGAAACUUCCACCAGUCUUCCAGGAUGGUCCACAACUCACGGGCAUCGCUGACAACUUGAAUUAUAGGCACAGAAAUGCCCAAAUGGCAAGCAGAGCAUCGGUUGAGCUCCACACUCUCAUAUAUUUCAAGACAAGGCCUGUGGAUACUGAAGCUAGAAUAGUAAAGAUCAAGGCAAAUGGUUUCAUAGUCUUCGUCCCAAAGUUUGGCAUAGAAGGGCCCAUCUAUCUUACGGCGAAGGGAGACAAAGGGGCAGACUGGGUAGUAGACGAGGUGCACCAGAAAGUAACCAAGUCUGGAACAAACAUAAGCUAUGCUGUGUUGCAGAGUGUCAUGAUCCAUAUGGAAGUGGUCGAGCCUCAGCCCCACCGCCCCAAGCUGCAGCUCACCCUCAUAUGA